AUGGCGUCAGAGAUAGAAGAUCAUCCACCCCAAAAGCGAUCUCGAUCACGAAUCAUACAAGCCUGCAUCCCUUGCCAUCGCUCGAAGAGGAAAUGCAACCGAAAGAAGCCUUGUUCGCAAUGCCUUAAACGUCAGACUACCAAGGAUUGCACCUAUGAAGCACUGGCAGCUGAGGAUUUGGAAAUCCUGGAGGACGAUACAACAUCGGUAGAUGCGGAGAACAGGAUUUUGCGAUCACGAAUAACUCAGCUCGAAGCCGUGAUUAUGCAGCUGCGAGACCGCAACACUGAUCCUGUCGAUUCGCGGAAGAGGCGAAGGACCCCGGAAAAGGCUCAUGAUCAAGACGGGGUAUAUUAUGGUCGUUCCUUCUACCUUGGAGGACCCGCGGCCCCAGAUCUCCUUCAUCAGAUGAUGGCUUUGCAUCCAAACCAACCAUCAGAUCUCUUAUUUGCGUUUUUUGGAGGCACCGACAGCAGCAUAUCAAGCAGGAAUGAGGGUGGCAGUAUUUUACCGAUAGGAAAUGUGACGGAUUGUGGCGUUGGUGACAUCUGCGCUUGCCUUCGAAGCAUCGCUCGUGAAAGCCUCGAUGCUAUCUUAGAUAGCUUCGUCGAGAUUGUCGACCCUCUUCAUCACUACCUUCCUAUGCCCUGGAUCUUACAAAGAUAUGAGCGAUGCAUGAAUAUAGCAGUCGCACCGGAGCCACAAGAAGCCGCUCUUGUAUUCGCUGUGCUUGGUUUAGGGGAUCUCGUGGCUGCCAACCGAACGUCAUUCAAUUUUAUUUCGGCGUCCUUUCAACUUCUGCGAUUGUCCAACUUUCUGACUUCACCGUCCAUUGAUUCAAUGGCGACAUUCUGCUUCAUCGCUGUUUACCUACAGCAUGAAGGAAAACUAAACGAAUAUUGGCCAUUACUAGGGAUGGUGAUCCGUUUGGCCCAGUCGAUGGGGCUCCAUCGCGACCCAAGUCUUAUUUCUAGCCUCAUUCCAGAGGAGAGUGAAAUCCGUCGCAGACUUUUCCAUGCCAUUGUUGGACAGGAGACUGCAUUGAGCGUCAUGUUCGGACGACCCAACGGCCUAGGAUUUUUUGAUUGCGCGUUGCCGCGAGAUAUGAGCGACGCGGAAUUGUUUGGUGUAAAGAGCCCGGUAACUGUUCACCCUCACGAGAUCUCUUACAACCGAUAUGCUUGGGAACUGAUGGAAAUCACCCGUGACCUGGUUACAAACUCAUUCACCACACCUAAAUCUUCGACACUUGCAAGGGAGAAAUCGAUCUCACAACAACUCCGACAGUGGUAUCAGAACCUACCACCAUCGUUCAGAUUCCAGCUACCUGGGUUAUCUCUCCAGGAUUUGAAUGACCAAGAAGAAAAGAUCCAUUACGUUCAGGCCUUGAUUUUACAUAUUAUCGUGAACCACAACGAGCUUGUACUUUAUCGACGUCCGCUUCUAUCGGAUUCGCAUCCCGAGGCAGCAGAACCUUGCAUAGAGGCAGCAAUAGCUGUUGCGGAAGGAUGGAAAAUCUUACAAGAUUCGUUUCCCAAGAUCGCACGCAUCGCAUGGAUGCAGUGGUUCCGGGCAUUCCAUGCAGCAUUGAUAUGCCUGGUUGCAUUACGAGCACGAGAAACAAAGUCCCAUCUAAAGAUACGAGCUUUCAACUCUUGGAAAUCGUGCAUUCGGAUCUUCUCCAGGAUCCAAGAUCAGAAUGAUAGCAUUCAAUGCUGUUGGCGAGCUUUAAGCCGCCUGGAUAAUGUUGCCAAGGGGACAGUGAACAUCCGGCGCCGGUUGCCCCCCCAGUGCCUUCUGAGAAGGGACAUUAAAGACACGUCCUCGGUAUUGCGGAUCGGUCCAUCAAAAAACCAAGAGUUUAGCUCUGAUGAGAACUCCAACAGCCCCCAAGCGCCCAGCGCCGGUCAAGAGACAGAGGCUGCAGACCGAUCUUUCCCGGAGAUCAAUGGACAGUUGUCCCCGACUCAGGCGGUGUCGACCGGUUCGCAGGAUACCUACAACCUCGAUGGGGUUGACCAUGAAUACAACGACCUGCUACUAGAUUGUGGCCAGGCUUUUGAUUCAUAUAUGACCCAGGUCGCCGUGCCUGGUGAAGCUUUAGGCAUGCAACCCCUCACAGACUCUGCUCAGUACAACAUAUUUGACCUCGAUGUGGCUAAUUGGCCGUUCUGGCUUACCGCUGAUGAAUCCGCUACAGGGCCAGCGGAAUAG